AGCCAAUAAAUGCAUUUAUUUUAUAACUGUCUAUAAAUGCAAUAAUUUCAAACUAAACAUCUCUUUCUCUUUAGUUCUCCUAUCUUUCCCCAAUAAUACUCAAAAAGCUUACUUAUUGUUUCGUUUUCUAGCACUCUACAAAAAUAUGGCUCCCUCGUUUCUAAGCGUCGCAAGAUUCGUUGAGGCACUACUCCGCCGGAGAUUCUCCUCCGCUGGUCUCUCCUUACAAACCCUAUCCAUCGACUCCGAAACCACCAUACAGUUCUGGGGACCACCACCGUCUUCAUCAUCGGAAAAUACACAAAAACCGUCGCUCCUCCUCCUCCAUGGUUUUGGACCUUCCGCUGUAUGGCAAUGGAGCCAUCAGGUCAAGCCACUCUCUCACUUCUUUCGUCUCUACGUCCCCGACCUAGUCUUCUUCGGCGGCUCCUCUUCCUCCGGUGAGAACCGGUCGGAGAUGUUUCAAGCGUUGUGCAUGGGGAAGCUUAUGGAGAAGCUCGAGGUCGAGAGAUUCAGUGUCGUUGGGACGAGCUACGGCGGGUUUGUGGCGUAUAAUAUGGCGAAAAUGUUUCCGGAGAAAGUGGAGAAGGUGGUGCUUGCGAGCUCCGGUGUUAAUUUGCGGAGGAGUGACAACGAGGCGUUUAUCGCUAGGGCUAAGUGCCACCGUAUCAAGGAGGUGAUGCUUCCUGCUUCUGCAACAGAUCUUAGGAGAUUCUCUGGGAUGGUUUCUUCUAAGAGACUCGAUUAUGUCCCAGAUUUUGUCUUGAACGACUUUUGCCAGGUAUCUUUUUUUUCUUCUCUUUUUUAAGGAAAAUCACCCACUAAUGAAAUCUUAAAAAGUUUUUCUCCGAAUUUCAAAAAAUGUUUUUAAAUCCUAAAACAAAAAAACUCAAGAAAUUCGAAAACCUAGCUACAACUAUAAAGGUUAUAUUCAGUCUCUUUGUUUCAAGUUUUGUAUGGAAAAUAUUGAACAAAAAAUAUUUUUGAAAAAACAAAUAUUUAAACCCACACUUAAUUAUUGCAAAUAUUAUAACACGAAAACGAAAGAAAAUGGGGAGUAUAAAGAUGCACUCCACUACUUUAUCUUUAUAAAGACAGAUGGAUUAAAGAAAGACAAAGAAAGUUGUGAUUUUCGUUUGGUUAGAGGACUUAUAGACUUGCAUAGAAAAUGGGCAAUGGGUGGCCUUGUAGCUCCCAAAGGAGGACACAUAUUUCUAAUUUUAAUAAAUACAAUUACAUACUAGUUAUUGAAAGAAGAUUGUGUAGCUUGCAUGAUUGAUGUAUACAUAUUUUUAUAAAAUGAGAAAUACGACAGAAAAUGUAUUCGGAAAAGAGAGAGGAAAAAGCAGAACUUCUCGAGGGGCUGAGUAUUGGGAAGGAUGACAAAACCAACGUUUCUCCAAUUCAACAGGAUGUAAUGCUGAUAUGGGGUGAGCAAGAUCAAGUUUUUCCUUUAAAAAUGGCCCAUGACCUCAAAGAGUAAGACCCUUGAUUAUAUUCUUUCUAUUUGAUCUAACUAAAGUUAAUCGGGUAACCAAUACCUAUGCUACAAAUACCAAGAGUGCGAUUUGAGAACGAAUUUUGGAAUUGGUAUAGUAACGAGUUAUUCAUAUUCGUGUGUUUGUUUGUAUAUUUACCAGGAUGUUGGGGACUAAGGCGACGCUAAAAGUUAUACAAAAGACAUCACAUAUACCUCAAACGGAGAAGUCCAAAGAAUUCAAUGGCUUUGUCAUGUCUUUCUUAUUACCUCCUUCUCCAUCACCAUAAAUGUAACAUCCAUAUUAAACUAUAAAUUACAAUUUUUUUCUGAUUUCGUCGAUGUUAGAAGUAUUUAUGAUGCAUAUGUCAGUUCAUGAUACAUUUGAGAAUAUUUGUAACAUUGUUAUUGAUGAUGCAUAUGUCAAAUUAGUUCAUUUUUGAUAAGUCAAAUUAGUUCAAGAUGGUUGAUGAGACAAUGUCCAUAAAAUGAAUUCAACAUAAACGCG